GAGCGAGCGAGCGAGCGAGCGAGAGCGUGCAUGCGUACCGUGCGCGCGCGCGUCUUUCGCUCUUCCAGGAAGGGAUUAUUUAUGUGCGCGCCGCCGACACGUGAAAAGGAAACACACGGACAAGACAAAAGAAGUUUGUCGUCUUUCCGCGCUGAGCAAUGGAGCGUUGCGGCAGAUAAGAAGCAAGCGGCGAAAAGAAGCAGCAGCGGCGGCGGCGGCGGAGCAGCAGCGCCGGGGCUUGCGUGACGACAACUUGUCCACGCCACCCGCGACACAGAGGAAAAAGAAACACUUUUGAAGAGAGUCAUAAGUGGAAGAGGAGAAGUUAACGGGAGAUCAUGUCUGAAUCCCCCACGGCUGCACCCAAGCAGGAGAGGCGCUCUUUCAGUCCUUCCGCGAACCCGCUGCCAAACUCCACUUCCUCCCCCGUCCACGCUCCCGCCCCCGUCCAUGCGCCUGCCCCCGUCCAUGCGCCCGCCGCCAGGCCAGCCAGCCGAAUGGACGACAGGCCUGCCAGACUGCCUGCACACCUGCGUUUGCAGCCGGUGUUCUGGAGCAGAGAAGACGUGGCCCAGUGGCUGCGAUGGGCCGAGAAGGAGUUUGCGCUGCGACCAAUCACCAGCGGCUCCUUCCAGAUGAACGGCAAAGCCUUGUUGCUGCUCACCAAGGAGGACUUCCGCUACCGCUCGCCUCACUCCGGUGACGUCUUAUACGAGCUGCUGCAGCACACCCUGAAGCAGAGGAAGCCCCACGUGUUCUACCCCUCUGGCUAUUUCCCGGGGAACUCCUUCCACCUACUGCCCGAGAACUCGGCGCAGCACCUGAAGCUCGAAGAAACGGUACGCCGGGCGCCGUGCGCGACGGAGCCCGUCCCCCAGCACCCGCCCACCAUCGAGCUGCGGCACCGCUCCCGCUCGCCCCACCACCCGCCGCCGCCCCGACAGUCCCCCCCCGCGCCAAACCACCAACAGGCCGAGGACCACAUGCAGGCCUUCUCCCAGCUGCCCGACAGCAACCACCACUUGCCCGAGGACACGUACCCCCUGCCCGUUUCCCCCGGCGCCCCCAACGGCCGCUGCGCGACCCCCAAGGAGGCGCCGUGCCUGGGCAGCCCGGGAGGCCAGGAGGUGGGCCCGCCUCGAGUCAUCCAGCUCAUGCCCAGCACCAUCAUGAACCCUCUGUUCCCGAACACGAGCAGGAGCGGCGGGACCGCCUUGGACUUCAGGCACAGCCGCGGCGGGCAUAUGGAGAACGGCCGCGAAGCUAAAGUAGAGCGGACUCAUCCGAUAACGCCGGCUCACCAGCCCGUACCGCAGCAGCACCUUCUCCAGUAUCGGGACGAUGGACUAUACAGGAACUUUCUCAUGCCCGUGUCUCCGCCGGAGGACCACCAAAUGCCCAUCGGGCGGAUAGCAGACUGCAGGCUACUGUGGGACUACGUCUACCAGCUGCUGUCAGACAGCCGCUACGAGAACUACAUCCGCUGGGAGGACCCGGAGAACAAAGUCUUUCGCAUCAUGGACCCCAACGGCCUGGCUAGGCUGUGGGGCAACCACAAGAACAGGACCAACAUGACAUAUGAGAAGAUGUCACGAGCACUGAGACACUACUACAAACUCAACAUUAUCAGGAAAGAGCCCGGCCAAAGACUUUUGUUCAGGUUCAUGAAGACCCCGGACGAGAUCGUCAACGGGCAGACGGACCGCCUGGAGCACUUGGAGUCCGACUCGUACGAACAAAUUUACAUCAAGGAGGAGUGCUGAGGAACUCUGGGAAAGCGAGUCUGUCAACUUUUACUACUGCAAAAGCCGCCGAUGCCUUUUUACAAGCAGCUUGAACAAUCGUCGUUGAACCUCAAAGGUUGCGGGCAUUCCCUAUUGGCAGCCCUCCAAUAGAGAGAUAUCAAAUAUUUCCACAAAUGCCUUUGGAUAAUUUACUGUAGUUUGCCUCAUGGACAGCGCUGAAUAUAUUUUUUGUGAACUGCAAGCAAGCCAAUCACUUUUUGUGCUUUUUAUUUUAUUUUUUAAAUUCUAAUUUUAUCUGGCAUCAUACUGUGGCAUUGUGUGUGCGUGUGUGUGCGCGUGUGUGAAUAAAAACAUGGAUUUAAAAAA